UCGCCACAAUCGAUAUUCGAUUACCACUCGAUGCCGGCUCUAUCCGAGCUGGACGACUUCGAUCUAUGUCUUAAGGAUCCAGAAGCUGUGUAUUGCAUCGUGGAUAUGGUCUUGAAAGAAGAUGAUACCCCGUUGUACCAAUUUAUAAAGAACUUCUCAUCGCUCUCGUACAAAAACUACGAGCAUUCAAAGCUCCACAGAGGAGUGUGCGGUUCAAAGCAUUGCGGUCUGAACGUGACGCAUGCGAAUGCCUCAGAAUCCACUGCCACGGCGCUUUUGAAUUGCUUCAACGCAACCAUCCAUCAGGGAUAUGGAUUGCAGGUGGAUUCACUGUCGGUCCGAUACUGCAAGACACAGGGAGACUGGGUUCAACCUGAUGCGCUGGAUUACAUCGUUGGAAUCAUUCUUCUAUCAAUACUUCUUGUCAAUUUCGGAUGUUCUGCAUAUCAUUACUUCUUCCCCGGAGAGAAAGGAAAGGGUAACCAGUACAUGCUAGCUUUCUGCAUCCAGAAGAAUUGGAAAGCGCUUAAAAACGGAGGCAGCUCUGAAGGCGGUUUGUUCAAAUGCUUCCAGGCUUUGAGAGUCUACACCAUGAUAAUGAUUUUGGGUCUCCAUUCGAUGAUAUUCAUCGGCUACGGCUACACCGCUAACCCGGAAUUCAUUGAAAAUUCUUACGACGACUUCUUCAAAGCUCUCCUCUUCAAUGCCAGGGUCAUAGUCCAGAUAUUCUUCGUGAUGGGAGGUUUCCUCAUGGCCUACAAGAUGCUGGUCUACGCUGAAACACACCCGUUUUCUUUGAAGACUGUUCCAAUGGCUUUGGUCAACAGAUGGGUUAGAUUGGUGCCCGCCGUCCUCGUGGUGAUGGGGCUCGCCAUGACCUGGGUCCAGCAUUUGGGCUCCGGCCCUAUGUGGGACGCCGUGGUGAAGAGGGAAAGGGACAUGUGCAGAAUGAACUGGUGGCAAUUGGUGAUUCUGAUGCCGAAUCUAUUCCCGUUCGAGCACUUGUGUCUACCUCAGGCUUGGUACCUCGGCACUGACACCCAGCUCUUUCUCAUCACCUUAAUCAUCAUGCUGAUCAUCUGGAGGUGGCCCAGGAGUGGUGUUCCAGUCCUCAGUGUCGUCAUGGUCAUCAGUCUUCUCAUUCCGUUCCUGCAAAGCUAUUUCAUGGAUCUCUUGCCUAUUAGAGUCAGCAUUUUCCCUGAAUCCAUCAGGAACAUCUUCGGGUACAACUACACGUUCUACCACGCCUACGUGUCAGCCCAGGGUAAUUGGGCCGGUUACCACCUCGGAGUUUUGACCGCAUACUUCUACCACAAAGCCCAGACUGAGAAGUGGAAUCUGGCUGAAUCGAAGAUUCUCAAGCUCCUUUGCCUGGUAUCGGUGCCCGUGGCCUUGGGCACAGUCCUGAUGGGCUGGGAUCUCCACCACCGCAUCGCUUCCACCUUCGAAGCUGCCGCCUUCAACGCCCUUAACCAGAACUUCUUCGCUCUUGCAAUUUGUGUCUUCAUCAUUGGAUGUUUCUAUAGGGUGAACAAAAUCUACGUGAGCUCCGUGGAGUGGGGACCUUUACAGCCUCUUGGCAGGAUGUCCUACUGCGCCAUGUUGCUACACGCGACCAUCUUGAGGACUUACGGUGGUCAGAUGAGGAGGUCAUUCUACGCCACCGAUUACACUGCUAUCAUGUUAUUUGCCGGCAUUGUAUGCACUACGUAUCUAUGUGCUUUACCUCUGUACUUAUUAGUAGAAGCACCAGCUUGCCAGCUGCAAAAACUGCUUCUUGGACCAAAGAGAAGGCCGAAGAAGGACCAAGAAGAUACCAACGCUAACCACGUGAAGCCAGGAAUAUCUACUGUGUCUGUUUCUACAGUAUCUACACAUAUUUAAUUUUAUUAAUUUAGG